GGAUCACUGCAGAGCUCUGACUCGGGCUUAUGUAUCAGCGAUCUGGAUUACACCGGCAUGCAGCACAUCACUCCACACAUCCCACAGAUCAACGACAGCAUCAGCACACACUGUCAGGACUGGCUGCCCUACUACGGCUUCCCAAGGAAGAGCUGGUAUCUUCCAGCUCCUGAAGUCUCUCCUAAAGCUCCGAUAGAGUUCCAGCUCUUAUCCAGACAGCAGACUCAAUGGGGAACUGUUAAAAUGAGCUUUGAGGUCAAAGGUCCGAGUCACAUGUCUCUGUAUCUGAGUCCUCACGCUGGAGCGUCUCUGAGCGGCUGGUCGUUCGGCGGCGGGAUGCUGCGCCGCAGCGGAGAGAGUUUCAUAUUUUACUCUCAUGGUCUCGACGCUCCGGCCUGGACCUUCUGGAUUGAGAUCUUGAUGCUCAGGUCCUCAGACGUGUCUCCUGAGGAGGGCUUGAUCUCUCUGGCCAUAUCCGCUCAUUAUUUAUCUGGUUCAGACGGAC